AUGGUCAACAACAGCCCAGGGCUGAAUGGCAUUGUCAUCGGCCUGCUGUCGUCCUUCGGGUCGGCAAUCCUCAUUCUCUGCAUCUUCCUGGCCUUCUACUUCUUCAGAUACACAGCGUCCGGGCGCAUAUUCCUCGACCGGAUCGGCCGCCCUGGCGAGUACGAUGAUGAGCAGGCCUUUGCGCGCGAGGAGGCCGAGGCCCUCGAGACGAUGGAUGAGAUGCAGAGGACGGAAUAUCUAAGGGCCAAGGCUUUCAUCGCCGCAAAUCCUCCAGAAUCCGUGCAGACCGAUAUCUCAUUGUCGCAGUACUUGGCUAUCCAGGAGAAGGGGGUAUCUGCAUGGGAAUUCGAGCCCGAGCUGGAAAUCGCAAACUGCUUCGUCGAGGCCAGGACAGAGGUCGAGUUCUUCGACUCCGAAUGCACUGUUUUGAGUAAUCUACCCGUUCCUAAACAAAACGAUGUUUAUUACUGGGAAACAAAGGUCUACGACAAGCCCGAGAGCACAUUGCUAAGCAUAGGCAUGGCCACCAAGCCGUACCCGCUGUUCAGGUUACCUGGCUUCCACAAGUUCUCGGUUGCGUAUCUCUCCAACGGCACACGUCGCUACAAUCAACCGUUCAACGCGACCCCCUACGGGCCCCAAUUCGUACAAGGCGACGUUAUUGGCGUCGGCUACCGGCCACGGACCGGAACGAUUUUCUUUACACGGAAUGGCAAAAGGCUAGAGGACGUGGUCCACGGUCUGAAGUCACAAAACUUCUUUCCAGCGAUCGGCGCAAACGGGCCGUGCAUCGUUCACGUCAACUUCGGCCAGGCUGGUUUCGUCUUUAUUGAGGCCAAUGUGAAGAAGUGGGGUCUCGCGCCCAUGACGGGCUCUCUGGCGCCUCCACCGCCCUACGGUGUUGAGGCGGAUACCAUCUUGCUUGCGACGGGGACCAAGGACGGUUUCACUAGUUCACCAGCUCGCAAUCACCGGUAUAGUCACUCGGCCCAGCUAUUUAGGCAAGGUCCGAACGUUUCAGAUUCCGGCCGCGCACGGUCCAGAUCAGGCAACUUCCGCAUGCUCUCUCCUACGAGCCCUGGGCCUCUCCGCAGCCCGACCGACAUCUCCCUCGCUCACUUGGCACCCACAGACGAAGGCGGCGAACCCAGUAGCAGUGCUGCGGCGCUGGUCCAACCCAGUUAUGGCCACGACCCAUCAUCAGUCACUGGGCUAGGCCUGCACGACCACGACAACCGCCCGCCGCCGGAGUAUACAAGUCCAGAGCACUCCGACACAGAGGAGACGGACAGCAGGAGGAGCAGUUCCGACAGCGAAAACGCCCCCCUAAUUCAACUCACCAGGAGUCGUGAAGCGUCGUCUGCCCCGGCCUGGGGAAGCGGUAGCAGGUCUGAGCCUCCGCAGGUGGGGAGACCGCCCAGCCCGCCGAUUCCAACAUACCAGGAUGCGAUCCGGCAGGGCGCCGGGCGGGAUAGGAGCGAUAGUGCUAGGAGUGCAAGGGGUGCGACGUGA